UCCUCUUUGUGGAAGUCUUACAAAAAUCCAGAGCUCUGUUUGAGAGAGAAACAGAGAGACAAACACCAGGAAAGAGACAGUGAGAGACAGACAGACAGACAGACAGACAGACAGACAGAGGGGGGCGUGAUGAGUGAUUUAAAGAAGUAGAAAAUAAUGAGAUUAAAGGUAGAGCAAAGAGAAAACACAAAUCUUCACUCUGCAACACUUCAGCUGUUUGUCAACUCUUUUCCUGCCAUGGAUCCGUCAUCCCAGAAGUUACUCUGAGGGCCAAACAAGGACGUAAAGCAGAGAAGACAGACAGACAGAGGAGGGAGAAAAGCAGUCAACCUUGGCUGAGGUGAGGAAAAAGCAGUUGUGUGGGAGAGCAGAGGCGAAGAGAGAGACAAAAGGCGGGGGAGUGGAGGAGUGAGGCGCCCCGUUCUUCCAGCGAAGUGAGAAGGGAAACGGGAAAAAGAAAAAGAAGAGAGAAGUGAUAAAAGAGUUGGGGAAGGAGGGAGCAGAGUCGGCUGGACAUGGGGCUUUGUGCUGUUCUCCUCAUCUGUCUCUCCCAGGCUGAGCUGGGGAGAGUCUGGGCUCAAGCGCAUGAAGAUGCACUGAGAGGGACUCCUCUGCGGACAGAUGGGGAUCCGUCCGGUUUUCACAGAACCAGGAGGGACCAGCAGACCCCACACAAACACAGAGAAGCUCGCAACUCACGAGCUGAAGGAGGAGGAGGAGUUGAUAUCAGCACCCUGCCUGACAACAUGACCCACAUAGUGCAGGACUCCCAGAGGUACUACAGAUGGCAGAGUUUUGGUCCAGCAGACAGACGGACUCAAGACUUGUGGGUGGAUCUGAACACGCUGCACAAGAGCCAAGUCCAAAUCCACGGCAUACUGUCAAAUACACACCGACAGGCAGCGAGGGUGGCGCUUUCUUUUGAUUUCCCUUUUUAUGGACACUACUUGAGACAAAUUAUCGUAGCGACUGGUGGAUUCAUCUUCAUGGGGGAGAUUACUCAUCGAAUGCUGACUGCCACACAGUACGUCGCUCCCCUCAUGGCCAACUUUGACCCCAGUUUCUCCCAAAACUCAACAGUGAGGUACUCGGACAACGGUAAUCUAUUUGUGGUGCAGUGGGACAAAGUGCGGCUAAAGGACCGAGAGGCUGAAGGACCUUUUACUUUCCAGGCAGCCCUCCACAGAAAUGGAACCAUUUUUUUCAACUACAGAGACAUCCCUGUACCAGUGGUCAAAAUUAAUUCCACAGAGCAUCCAGUGAAAGUGGGACUGUCUGAUGCUUUCAUGGCAUUCCUCCCCUCCUCACAGCCCUCAGAUGCAAAGCACCGUACUAUCUAUGAGUAUCAUCGUGUUGAGAUUGACACCACAAAGAUUGUUAGCGGAUCUGCUUUUGAGUUCACACCUCUGCCCACUUGUCUUCAACACACAUCUUGUGAUCUCUGCCUAACAUCCAACUUGACAACUGGCUGUGGCUGGUGCAACACACUUCAACGAUGCUCUGACGGUAUCGACCGGCAUAGACAAGAGUGGUUAGAUUAUAACUGCCCUGAAGAGGCAAAAGGCACAUGUGAGGACUACAACCCAGUUUUACCUGAGGGAUCUAUGAGCUCCUUCAACCACUCUUCCCCAGGUCCAACACCUUCUUCGGCAGUGCUCGAAGACCAGCCUGUCACUAGAGAUUUACAGACAGGUCCUCCCAACCAUAAGGGGAUAUCAGAGAACACAGCCAUCAUAGCAGGCGUAGUGGCUGCGCUAGUUCUCCUUGUAGCUCUGACCUUACUGGCUGUCUACUACAUCAACACACACCCCACAGUUGCUCCACCAUUCUACCUCAUGCAGCAACUACUGUCUGUUGUUCGUAGCGACGCACCAAUAACUACUGGCCCUCCAUGAAGUUCCGCAACCAGGGCUGCCACUCCAGUUACGCUGAAGUGGAGCUUGGGGGUCAUGAAAAGGAAGGUUUCAUUGAAGCUGAGCAGUGCUGCUAAGGGUCCUGGACUUGCAGGACUCAGUCGGAAGAAGAAAGGACACCAUCUUGAGGACUGCAAAGGUAUUACAAGGGGAUGAAUACGGACGAUCAGGCCAGCCAUCGACACAGGAGGUCCCUACUCCAACCUUUGGCGGCUGGACAGUGUUUACUGUAACUGCUCCUGUAGCUCUUGCCAGCUUUCACUGUGUCUUUUGCUCUUUGCCAUCACACAGGGUAUUUGCCAUAUUAUCCAAGGGUUGGAGGGUCUGAGAGGAAGCCGACUGUACAGAAAUGAUGAGAUGCAAACGUGUAACUGUACAAAACCCAUCAAUGCAAGGAGAUGUCAGGGAAUGAAUCGAACUAGCCUUCAUACUGCAAACCAAUGUACAGCUCAACUUAACUAUGUGUUUUUGUUUUCAUUCAGUUAAUGGAGUUAUUUCUGUUUCAUUAAAAACUUCCACGCGACCAAUGAUUGGUUCAUAAAAUGUUAUAUCCCUGUGGACUUCACUAUAACAGAUAUUUAGCUAUAUAACUGAUAGUGAUUAUAAUGAUAAUCUUGAACUUCUCUGGAGAAAUGUUGUUUGGAUGAAUUUUAGAAACAUCAGGUUAGGAGAGUUUUCUUUUUCUGUUUAAAUGUCUUCUAAUAAAAGCUGGUGGUGAGUGUUGA